AUGCCACUGGUGAAGAGAAACAUCGAGCCCAGGCACCUGUGUAGAGGAGCUUUACCUGAGACCAUCAGCAAUGAGCUGGAGUGUGUGACCAACAACAGUCUCUCUGCCAUCAUACGCCAACUUAGCAGCCUCAGUAAGCACGCAGAGGAUGUGUUUGGCGAGCUCUUUAACGAAGCCAAUACGUUCUACCUGCGUGCUAAUUCUCUACAGGACCGCAUAGAUCGCCUUGCAAUCAAGGUCACUCAGCUGGACUCUAGUGUGGAGGAAGUUUCACUCCAGGAUAUUAAUAUGCGUAAAGCCUUUAAGAGCUCUACUGUUCAAGACCAGCAGGUGGUGACAAAGAGCAGCAUUCCAAACCCCAUCACGGAGAUGUACAACACCAGCGACAAACCACCACCUCUGAACAUACUCUCUGCCUACAGGGAUGACCAUAUUGACGGUAUUAAGUUCUACACAGACCCCUCAUAUUUCUUUGACUUGUGGAAGGAAAAAAUGCUACAAGACACAGAGGACAAGAGAAAAGAGAAGAGAAAACAUAGGGAGCAGAAGCGGUGUGUUGAUGGUACAUUGCCCCGUGAGGUGAAAAAGGUUCGAAAGGCUCAUAACCGCAGACAAGAAUGGAACAUGAUGGCUUUUGAUAAGGAGCUACGUCCGGAUCAUCGUCAUCAUCAUUCACUUUACAGAGGAGCAUCGUCUGAGGGCUCGCUGUCUCCAGACGGCAGACCGCAUGCAAACUACCCAGUCCAAGCAUGUCAUGCUCAUGCACAGCCGCAUCCCUUUAUGCCUGUGGAGACAGCAUCAUCUAGUGCAAAUGGAGGAGUAGAGCACGAGUACCACAGCAUCGGGGGGACGGUGGGGUUGGGGGUGGCUGCUGAUGCAGGUUACAGAGUGGGUGUACUCUCUCGAACACAUCCAACUCCUCCACAGUACCCACCCCCUGAAAAUGGAGUCAAUGGAGCCAUCACGCUUCCUCCAACAGACUAUGGUAUGAUGGAGUACUACGCCAGUUCAGGCCCACCGCCCCCUCCAGUGGGUCCCAUCAUUCCAUCUGCGCAGACGGCUUUUGCUUCACCUCCAGCCACUCCUUAUCCUGGAGCGAUCACAUCAGCCUUACAGUAUCCUCUUCCACCUGUGCCACCUCCUGGCCCUGUUUUAGCUUCACCUCCUGAAGGUCCACCUCCUCCUCCAGCACCUCCCGUACCUCCUCAUCCUGUAGCCCUGGGAGAGGGCCGGAGACUAACCCUGCAGCCUGUCACAGACGCUCGCAGUGACCUGCUCUCAGCAAUACGCAUGGGUAUUCAACUAAAGAAAGUACAGGAGCAACAAGAACAGCAGGCUAAACGAGAGCCUGUUGGGAACGAUGUGGCUACUAUACUUUCUCGACGCAUUGCAGUAGAGUAUAGUGACUCAGAAGACGACUCAGAACUCGAUGAGAAUGAAUGGUCUGACUAAUUAUAGUCAACCACACACACACAACAGUAGAUGGAGACCUGUAUGAAAGUACCUUCAGAUACCUACAUUUAGUUGAUCUUUCUCAAAGGAUGUUUAUGUAAUAUGCACCUUAGGAAACUCUUAUGCACUCAAACCAGACAGAAGGAAGAUAUUUGAAAAGACUCAAGACUUUGUACAGAAAAUUCAGAAUUUAACAGUUAAAAAUCUAUAGAGUAAGUAAUCAUGUAUUGUAAGAAAUUAGCGCGAUCUACAAAGAUGUUGCUAUAGUUUUGUUUAUUUUGAUCAUUUUAAUACUUUUUUGCUAAUGUAAUUUAUUUAUUGCUUUAUUUUUCUAUCGCCUCUUUCCUCAGCUUGUAUUAAGAUACUGUGUGAAAAAAUCCUGUAUAAAUAACAUUUGCUCCCUCUCCAUCCAAAUUCCAUGGCAUUUUAUUGCAAUUAAAGAUUUUUUUUUCACAGUGAUUAACACAUGAACAUGACAGUAUUUAAUACGUUUACAAUGUCUUUAUAAACAUUACAAAAAUGCAGAUGAAUUUAUACA